CCUGCAACCCUUUGGACAACACUCUAACCACGAAGCUACACUUUCCAGAGCUUGGAUGGUAGAUAUUCUUGUCUGCACGUUGCAGAGGCUCAGACAGUUAGAAUUCCUCCUACACAGUCAUGAUGACUGGCAGCACUCAGCUUUCAAACAGAAGCCCAACUCCAAAGCUCCUUCUCUUACCAGCACCCCUUAGGAAAGUAUAGGCAGAGUAGGAAUAGGAACAAAACCUUGCGAGAUUCUGGGGCUGCCAUGACAUGGGUAGGAAGAUGAAGAAUUUGAGCCGAAACCAGCAAGGUGGAAUAACUGGUUGAGGAGCCUGGUUGCUUGACCUUCCCUGUUCCGGUGUGAUUCACUUCCUGCCGCUCUCCAUGCUUCUUCAGUGCCCUCAGGUGUGCCCUGGUCCUUGAACUAGGAAGGGAAGGAACAGCAAAGGUCAGGUGAUAUGCCUCCAGACAUUCAAUGAAUUACUUACCAAACUAGAACUAGAACUCAGAACCUCCAACUCGGUUAUCAAAGCACCAGGUCAGCGCCCAGAGGUGCCCAGCUCUGAAGCAGGCACAAUGGCUCCUGAGGGGGCAUCUGCUGUUCACCCUUGGCUGUGCAGAAUGAGCUGGUGAAGUGUUCCUAGAAGGGUCUUUCUUAUCUUGCCAGGUAUUUGUUUUUGUUUACCUGGGAUCUCAUUUCACGCUUGGAAUCUUGGCAGGGGCACACCCUGUUUGACACUGGACCGAGUUAAACAGCAGCUGAGUGGAUUUCCUGAUUGUGAAAUCCCCUGGCCAUUUGUGCCUCCGCUCGCCUGGGUCUGCGAUGCAUUCAUCAGAGAAGGAGAAACUGUGCGCACACACUGUGGAACUCGUGCCUGUGAGUGUGUGUGUGUGAGUGUGUGUAUGUGUGUGUUUUUCUGAAAUCAUUUCCAGACUGUCUUCCGUCCUCCUCAGCUGGGGCCUCCUCUCUACGGAGGGCAGUUUACUAGAACAGGCUGGAGUAGAGGCCAGAGAACAAAAUUGGUCUCUUUACUUAAGAGGGGAAAUAUCAAAAAAGUGUUAAUGUACCAGAAAUCCUCCUUUUAGAAGGAAAAGCCGAGCAGAGGGAGGCUGAUCCCUGGAAAUACAAUGUGACUGACAACAGUAGGAGCAAGGUGCCUGAAAGAAGCCAGGAGAGCAGGAGAGCGGCACACGCAGGUGUCUUCUGGCGAGUUCCUCAGACCAACUCAAUCCUUGUGAAUUAUUCUCAGCCGUGUUCUGUGGAUCAAGCAUAGGAGUGGACAGCUGUGUGGCAAUGGGAGAGGAGAAGGGCAGGACACAAAGUCUAAAGGGAUGCAGUCUCAGUGACAAGUUGUGUAUUAUCUCACACCAGCAGUAUGAAAUCAUCAUCAUCCCAGUCUUUCUGGUUGGUGGCUCCCUCAUCAUUCUUGGGGUCAUCCUGUGGCUUUUUAUCAGAGAAAAAAGAGCUCAACAGCAGACACCUGGACUCCAAGGCACUGCUCCUGCGCCUCCAGUUAGGGGCCAAAACGGGGAAGCAGGAGGGCGUGAAGGAAGUGUAUUUGUGCCACUUAAGGAGACAUCGGUGGAAAGCCUUCUACAAACAUCCACACGUGCCCUGGCUAAGCUGCAGAUACCUCGGGAUCAACUCUCUGAAGUUCUGGAGUGGAUCUGCAAUGGUAGUUGUGGGGCCAUCUAUCGAACCAAGAUCUACCCCGGGGACCCAGCGAAGUCCAAGGACGUUGUCCUCAAGGUUUUAAAAGAACCAGCUAGGCUCCAUGAGAUUCAGGAUUUCUUAGGACGAAUCCAAUUCUAUCAGUUCCUGGGGAAGCACCAAAACCUGGUACAGCUGGAAGGCUGCUGCACAGAAGGAGAGCCGCUCUAUAUGGUUUUGGAGGAUGUCGCCCAGGGGGACCUGCUCAGCUUUCUCUGGAACUGUCGCCGGGAUGUGAUGACCAUGGAUGGCCUUCUCUAUGACCUCACUGAAAAACAAGUGUAUCACAUUGGGAAGCAGGUUCUCUUGGCUUUGGAAUUUCUUCAGAGUAAACAUCUGUUCCAUGGGGACGUGGCAGCCAGAAAUAUUCUGAUCCAAUGCGACCUUACCGCUAAGCUCUGUGGACUGGGCCUGGCUUAUGAAGUCCACACCCAAGGGACUAUCACCUCUACUAACACCGUGCCCCUCAAGUGGCUUGCCCCAGAACGGCUACUGCUGAGAUCAGCUGGCAUCAGAGGAGACAUCUGGUCCUUUGGUAUCCUGCUUUAUGAGAUGGUGACUCUAGGGGCACCACCAUAUCCUGAAGUCCCUCCUACCAGCAUUCUACAGCAUCUGCAAAGAGGGAAGACCAUGAAGAGACCCAGUAGCUGCACGCAAACCAUGUAUAAUCUUAUGAAAUCCUGUUGGCGCUGGAAAGAGGACAACCGCCCUUCACUUAGAGAAUUAUGCUCAUGCCUAGAAACUGCCUCUAGAACUGCAGAUGACAAAGCUGUGUUGCAGGUACCAGAGCUGGUGGUGCCUAAACUGUAUGCAGCUGUGGCAGGCAUCAGUGUAACGAGCCUCUCCUACAGCUACAGCAUCCUUUGAAGAUCCUGGGGCAAGAAGCAUUUAUGGGUGACCACAUACUCUGGGAAUUCCUCUAAGAACAGAGGAUGGACUUUCCAGUGGGACAUAAAGGAAGAAGUGGGACAUGGAGCUGGAUCUCCCCCUAUAUAUUUUCCUAGAUAUGUGAAAUGAUGCUGGGUGAGACUUUACACAGCAGAGUAGAGAAAUACAGUUUCAUUUAUGUUGUCCCAACCAUAAAGAAUCAGGGUAGAAGGGGCAGAUAAUGUAACAGCAAAGGAGGUUUUAUAAAUCUGAAAAAAAAUUUUCUGAGAGGGUCAAGGGAGGAGAAAUCAUGGCACAAAUAAGCUGGUACAUCCUACCACUGGCUAGUUUCUACCCAAAACAUGCUUUUAUCUAGACUAUUAUAAGGUCCAGAGAAAUUAGAAUCAAACAAAGAAAUAGAAAGCCCCAAAAGGAAUUGAUGAGAAAGAAAAUUAAAGGUUCUAUUUGUUCAGGGAUGUAGAUGUGAACCAAGGUCAUGCUUCAAUGAGAAGGUAGAGGAAAGUUUUAAAGUUCCACAGUAAUGAUCCCUCCAUGUAGGGUUAGAGGAGAAUCAAG